UCAAGCUGCAGUCGAUCAAACAAUAUUUAUAUCACAGAGUAAGAAUAGGUCUAUAUUGCGACAGCUGAACCUGUAGUUGCAGACCCGGAGUGUUAAACGUAAUCUGUGGUAAAACGUCAUUAUUGUUAUUUAAAACUUCGUUUGUGAUUUUGUAUUGAUUUUUCACAGCUUUCCUCCGUGUUCCAGUUUUUCCAUGAAAAUUCAUUAAUUUAUAACUUAAACGCUCCAGUUGUGUUUGGAAAAAUGAGUGCCAUAGCACAACAAGAAAAUCUCAUUAAGGAGAGUUUAUUUCAUUUUAUUAAGAAAAACAUCCCAACAGCUGAUUUAAGUGUUAUAGAUGAUAUUGCUCUCUCCUACGUAAUUUCAAUUCUAGAAAUAGCAUCGCAAGACUCCUGUUUUGAUGUAGAAGGUUUUGUAGAGUUCAUGUCAGCUUAUAUCCCAGAAUUUGAACAUAUUAACACAGAGGUUGUCUGUGCUUGGGUUUUGGAAUUAGAAGCUGAGAUCUCCCGCCGGGAUGAGUGUGAUAGUAACUCUACUCAUGAUGAUUCGGCUGGGAGUGACAAAAUUAGUUUGACUCUACUUAAUCUAAGCGACAUGCUGCCGCCAAGCACCAAGGCUAAUCGCUCACACUCAAACUCUGAAAGUUCCGAAACAGCGGAACGUCUUCUGGUUGAGCCGACGUAUAAUGAAGAAUACGCAGACCAAUGCCGAGUUCUCACUGAGAUGUUUCCUAACUCUUGUGCUAUGGAGAUAAAACACUGCAUUUCAAUAGCAUGUGGCGAUCCAGAGCGAGCCGCCGCGACCAUAUUACACCGUCGCGAACAAGGACAGGCAUUAUCUGCGGCUGCCAUACAUUCCGCUGCUAAGCAGCCACUGUGCGACGAUAAUGAGCUCAAAAAUAGGAUCAUUAGGAGAUACUCGUACGUAGACAAAGACGCGGUGACAAAAGAACAUAAGCCGUUGGCACCUAAAAUUGAGCCAAAGAAGAUGGUCCGAUACAGAGACAAUAAGAUUGUCUCUUUGAAGGGAGAAAGAUACACUGAGGUGCCAAAAUCCGGCGACGAGGAGGAAAACUUAAAGAAACCCAAAAAACCGCAUUGCCCUUAACCUUUAAAGCCACGUCAGUACAGUGAAAGAGCGGAGGCCAGGCGCACUACCGCGAUAUUUCUCUCUCUCUUAGUCCCUUUCGUAAGCCCCCCUCGCGUGAAACUGACGCAAAACGCACUAUUACAUGUGACACUUAUGCCACUGUAUGUGGUACUUAGUUUAAUAUCAUUAUUGACAUUUCAUCGAAUUGUCAAAGUCAAAAUUGUAACACUUAAAGUCACAAUUGUGGCACUUUUAACUUUAAUGUAUUUAGCUCGUAGUCAAAAUGUAAUGCACGUUAGUGAAACGGCGUCACAACGCGUGACGGAUCCAAUGACAUUACAAUAUGAGAGCAUUUAUGCUAAAAGCGUGAACAGCAAAACCUCAAUUAAAAGUUUUAAUCUAUUAAAUCUCGAGUUAGGUUAUUUAACAAUGUUACGCACAAAUGUGAGGAAACAGCGCACAAUGUCUCUGUGCCCUUUUUUGACACAAUUGUGUGUGUACAAUGCAAAAUAUUUUAAUUCUUGUAAAAGCUUUAAGCACGUUUCGACGUGGGUUGUGAGAUUCGCAUUUAAAGUGCAAUACAUAACGCGUUCAUUAAACGUAAUGCGUUUUCGCGUCAUUUUCACGCGUCGCUUAGGGCGUUGGUGUCGUCUUAGUGUUAGAGUAGUGACCGCGCGUGCAUCGCACCGUUCGAACGUUAAUACGUUUAUUUUAUCCGCUUUUUCAAGUACUGAUUUUACGCGUUUUGUUAAACGGCUCACACUUAAUUUAAGCGAUUUGUUUCAUGUUAAUUCUAAGCUCUCUAUAAGGCAGCUGUCUUGCAGUAUUAUUUAUUCUAUGGCAUCGUGUGUGAGGAAAAGUAUAGGUAAGGAAUUUUUGGUAUGUCUGUGGGAUGCUAUAGAUAAAUUGUCUUUGGUGGGAGCGCUAAAUUGUUGCUUUUUAUGUCGAAAGCGACAGUUUAGCGCGCCCAUACAUUUUGUAUUCCUUAUAGUUUUAAGUAUAGAGAUCUUUCUCAGACCUGUGAUUUUUAAAUAUUAUUUAAUUAUAAAUGUGAUUUUUAUGAUAGUUUUAUCGUUUUACUCAUCUGUGAUUUUGAUGCCAUUGUUUAGCCCUUUAAGUGGUGUUUUAAGUUUAAGCGAAAUGUUAAUUUAUUUAUGAUUUAAAUGCAAUUUAGCUUGUGUAUGUGUUAGUGAUUUUUGGCGGUAUUUUGUUCAGUUAGAAGAUCGUGAAACAGGGUGGAAAUUAGUGGUCCAAAUUACACGUGUGUGCCAAGCAUAAGACAAUUGUUUUGAAAUGAGGAUUUUAUUACUCGGACUUAUAUAUCUUACAGAUUUUUCUUAUACGGAAAAAAUAUGACUUACUUAGGCUCCAGUAUAUAUGAGUUAUUUUGUCAUUAAAUAAUUAUUAUAUGUUAAAUUAAAGAAUUCUUUUUUUCUUUUACGACUAAACAUUAAUAUUGAAACUCAUUAAUCUCAUGCUAGGCACACUCUUUAGGUAGCUGUAUACAUUUCAAUUUUACAUUUAGAUGAUUUAUAUAAUUACGUAUAAUCAUUAAAGGGAAAUCCUUAUAAUCCACAACACUAAAGGAAAACGCAAUUUAUUGAAAUAUAAUAUUUAAAAACAUUUUUAUUUUCUAUUCAUUUCUUUUUUAUGUAUCGGCUUAACGCAUAAAAGUCACUAAUACAUAGUAAUGAAUUUCGAAUCUGAACGUUAAACGAACGUCAGUUGUGGUCCAUAGAGAAUGGAGUAAUUUAGCCGUCAAUGUUGACACCUUUCA